AUGUCAGAAAAAACUAUUAAAAAACAAACAAACAAUAAUAAAGGUGGUGAAAAAAAACCAGCCUCAGUACAAAAAAAAGACAGCAACAAUAAAGAUAAUAAACAACAAAACAAUAAUAAUAAUAAUAAUAAUAAUAAAGAUAAUAAAUUCCCACCAGAUGCAGUUUAUGAUGGAAUUCAAAAGAAAAUUCAAGAAAAAAGAGAUGAAAUUGCUUCAAUUAAUAAUCAAUUAGAAACUUUAAAGACUGAUUUAACCUCACUCAGAUCUGAACGUAACCAAUUAAAGACUCAAAUUGAACAAUUCUUUGAAGCCAGAAAGAAUCGUAGCGUUGAUCCAAUUAAACAAGAAGCCCAAAAUGCCAGAGAUAAAUUCAAUGCAUUACUUAAACAACAAGAAGAAAAGAAGAAAUCAUUAAUUGCACUCGAAAACUCACUCACCAUCAAGAUUAAUAAAGAUUCAAAAUUAGAAGAUGUUCUUGCUUUAAUUAUAAGCAAAGGUCUUGAACUUGAAGAACAAAUUGAAAACGAAAUCAAUCCAAACCAACAACGUAUUCUCUUAAAGAAAUCAUCCCAAAAUAACAGUCAAAAGAAAUCAGUCGAAGAAUAUUUCACCGAAAAGAAAGAAUUUGAUUCAAUUAAAGAACAAGUUAAUGCCCAAAAAAAACAACUCGAUGGCAUUACUGCUCAAAUCAAACCAGUCGAAGGUGAAAAAGAAAAGAACGACCAACUCAUCAAAGGUCUCAAAGAUAAACGUACUGCCAUCGAAGCUCAAAUCAAAGAAAAGAAUGAUAAAUUUGAAGAAUUAAAGAAGAGAAUCGACGAAAUUAAAAAAGACAUUGAUGUCGAAAGAGCUAACCAAGAAGCUCAUGUUGUCAAGCGUAAAGAACAAAGAAAACAAGAAGCCGAAAAAGUUAAACAAGAAAGAUUACAAAAGAAAUUAGAAUAUGAAGAUAAGAAAAAGAAAGAACAAGAAAGAAAAAUCCAAGAAGACCUCUUAAAAGUUGCUUAUGAAGCUGAAAUGGGUCAUUGCGAUUCAUUAACUGCAUAUUUACAAGCUCUUCAACCAAAAGAACAAAAAGAUGAUUCAUCAAAUGCCAAUAAGAAUGUUGCUGAAAUCGAAGAAGGCUUUGAAUUAAUCAAAAAAGAAAAGAUCUCAAAUCACAGAGAAAACCCAAAGAAAAAGAAUACCCAACAAGCCGCUAAACAAUUACCAGAAGUUAUCAAACAUCCAUUAGAUAUCUUCACCAAAUUCGAAAAACUUUCAAUGGUUCCACCACCAAAAUAUACCGAUAUUCCAGAAUAUCUUGAACAAAUCAAAACUAAAAAAGAAUAUUACGUUAAGUUAUCAGCCAAAGAAAUGGAAGAAAGAGCUGCCAAAGCCAAAGCUGAUGCUGAAAAGAAACAAGAAGAAACUGUUGCUGCUGCUUCACAAGACUCUUCUGAAUCAACCCCAGCUGCUUCAACUCCAUCCAUUGAAUCAACUGCCACAACCACCACCUCUGAUAAUACUACCACCAAUAACGUCGAAGUUGAAGCCCAAUAA